UAUUCCCCGGUGGGCCUCCUCCGAUUGAUUGUCCGGUCCGGUGGAGGGGAAGCGCGUUAAUUUCUCCGCCCCUCUCCGACAACUGCUUCCAUUUUCCGCCAUUAACGCUCCUCCUUUUUCCCACGUGUCUCUCUCUCUCUGUUUCCCCGCCCCCCUUUUCCCAAAUUCUGCUUUUGGGUAAAUUUUGCUUCCAACUCUGCUUUGUCUCUAUUCCCAAAAUCCCAUUUGAAACCCAAGACUCAAAACCCACUGAACACUCCAUCUCUCUCCCAUUCAUCCAUCUUCUUCAAGCAAAUUCCCAUCGCCACACACCCACUGCCACUUCAUGCUUCUUUAGGGGCGAGCGCGGAACAGAGAGAUUGCCGGGGAUUGGGGUUGCCUUGCCCGUGAUGUUCAAAUUCUUGUUUAGAAAGGAUGUUCGCAAGAUUCUCAAGCGCAAGGAUAGUGAUGCCGGCCAAAGGGGUACUUUAUUUCCCCCCUUUUCCGUUUCUAUCUCUAUUUUUCCGUUUGAAUUUUUGUGGGUUUCCCCUUGGUUUUCGGAUUCUCGCUUCUCAAUUUCACUCCACAUUCAAUCGUAAUGCCACACAACUUCUUGUAGAUAAGAGGGUAUAAAUUAAAAGUAAAAACUACCCCUCAGGCCUCAACUACGCGCUCUCGUUCUCCUUCUCCAUAGCCAUGAAGGGCGUUUUGCCUUUCAUCACAGUGGCCCCUCACUUUGGAAGGUCGCUGGAGGAUUUGCAAGGAGCAUUGUUUAGCAAAUUUCGCUCGGCUGAAGGUGCCAAGCGUCAGCAGCAACGUUCUUGUGGUCCUGUUGUGGCUCUUACCUUCAACUUCUUUGUUGCAGUUAGUAUUAUUUUCAUGAAUAAAUUGGUGCUUAAAACUGUCGGCUUUACAUUUCCUAUAUUUCUCAGUUUCAUUCACUAUUUCAUUAGCUGGAUAUUGAUGGCUGUUUUCAACUUUUUCUCGAUCCUGCCCGCAUCUCCUCUAUCGAAAACUACCCGUUCAUCUACUCUACUUACACUUGGAUUAGUUAUGUCCCUGUCUACAGGGCUCGCUAAUGUGAGCUUGAAGUAUAAUAGUGUGGGUUUCUAUCAGAUGGCAAAGAUUGCUGUAACUCCAUCAAUUGUAUUGGCAGAGUUUAUAUUAUAUGGAAAGAAAGUUUCUUUCUCUAAGGUCCUAGCACUUAUUGUGGUAUCUGUUGGUGUUGCUGUGGCGACGGUGACUGAUCUACAGUUUGAUCUCUUUGGUGCUUGUAUUGCAUUGGCAUGGAUUAUUCCAAGUGCAGUUAAUAAGAUUCUCUGGUCCAGUCUACAACAGCAGGAGAAUUGGACAGCCAUGGCGUUAAUGUGGAAGACAACACCCGUCACAUUGUGCGGUUUUGUCGCUUUAAUACCCUUCCUAGAUCCUCCUGGUGUUUUAUCCUUCAACUGGAGCUACCAUAAUACGUUGGCUAUUCUGCUGUCGGCAAUUCUCGGUUUCUUGCUUCAGUGGUCUGGUGCCUUGGCACUCGGGGCUACCUCUGCUGUCAGCCAUGUUGUACUCGGACAGUUUAAAACCUGUGUCAUUCUUCUUGGGAACUACUAUCUUUUCAAUGCCGAUCCUGGCAGAACGAGUAUAUGCGGGGCAUUCACAGCUAUAAUGGGCAUGUCCAUUUAUACAUACCUUAACCUGAGACAUCAACCAACCAAAACAUCUCGACAAGCCUCUGCGUUCUCGAAAUCUAAGCUAAGCAAGGAAAAUGGAAGCACCAAUGAUGAGAAGUUAGGGGAGGAGUCUGUUUGAAGCUAGGAGAUGAGGAAUUUAAACGGCUUGAAGUUAAGGGUACCCGUCGCGUUUCAUUGAUUCGUUUUUAGCUAACUGUUUUAUUUUUCUGUAGUUAGAGAUUAGGAAUAUAUGCAUGUCAAUAUCGGUAGAAUGCUCAGGUUUUGUGCUUAGCCAAAUCAAUUUUCUGCUUCAUGAUCUUUUAUUCUCUGCUAUUUUUUCCUGACUUUUGUAGAGUCGGUUAACUAUUAACUAUAUACAAUGUAGAAACGAACUAUAUGCCUCAUUCUUAUUCUUAUACAACUACUAAGCUCCUAUUAAGUUAUGGCA